CGUAGCGGCAGGUGGGCGUCGCGAGGGAAGGAAAACCCACCGGAACUCCACCUCGAUUCGGACGACCGGAAUAACGAUGGGAAUUACGCCUCUUUCGCCUCGUUUACGCUUUUCCCUUUGAUUCACCACUCGGUUGGAGAUCCGUAAGGGCCAGAUGCACGAGCCAGAGAGCAUAAUCCACAAGGAGCAGUCAUGGAAGAGUGGGAGAAAUAUUUUGCCGAAACGCCAGCUCCUCGUGGCUACGACUUGGCUCGUGCUCAACUAGAAGGUUUUUGCCAGCAACAUGUCGGCAAGAACCCUAUAGCUCUUGUUACCUCAGGUGGCACAACCGUUCCGCUGGAGAGGAACACUGUUAGGUUUGUAGAUAAUUUUAGUGCUGGGACGCGUGGGGCAGCCUCCACGGAAUAUUUCUUGUCACACGGGUAUGCUGUCAUCUUCAUUCACCGAGAAAAGUCGGUGACUCCUUUCUUGAGGCAUCUCGACCCAAGCUUCCUCCUAGAUGCACUGCAAGAGGGACCAGGAUGUCUGCAGUUGUCGGCCACACACUCAGCCAGUGUACGCCCCAUUUGGCUCAACUACCAACGGGUGAAGAGCGAAGGACGGAUCUUGUGGUUGACGUUCACCACGCUCUCCGACUAUCUGUGGCUCUUGCGUGCGGCCACUCAGUGUCUGCAGCAGCGAGCACCUAAGGCCUUACUGUAUUUGGCUGCGGCUGUGUCCGAUUUUUACAUUCCUCAAGACAAGAUCUCCGAGCACAAGAUCCACACGUCAAGUGGCCCCCUGACCGUCACCCUCCAGCUGGUGCCCAAGAUGCUGAGCCCCUUAGUGUCCAUUUGGGGCCCAGAGCUCUUUGUGGUGUCUUUCAAGCUGGAGACGGACGAGAAGAAGCUGAUCGAGAAGGCCACGGAGGCUCUGCAGAAGUACAAGCACGACCUGGUCAUCGGCAACCUCCUGCAGACGCGGCGGGAGGAGGUCACCUUCGUCACGGAGAAGGAGAGCAGCCUGCUGAGACUGACCGAGCACCAGAAGGCCGAGAAAAUUGAGAUCGAGAAGCUCAUCGUGGACGAGGUGGUCAGUCGGCAUAAAAAUUUUAUCAAGUACUAGGAUUGUAGGUUCAAUAUUUUAGCAAUGGAAUUACAUAUGUAUAUUUAGAGUUACUUAGUAAGCAGGUAUCUUCAUCAGAGAAGGAAGCAAAGACAGUAAAGGGUAUUGCUUGUGAUAUUUUUUAUGUAAAAUGUUAUGAAUCCACAAAUGUGAUCUAAUCAAAUUAUUAUUAUUAUUAUCAUUAUUAUUAUUACUAUUGUAAUUAUAUGUACAUUAUUAUUUUAAUAUUACUUUUACCAUGAUAUUAUUAUUAACAUUAUAGCUAUUAUUUUUACCAUCUUUUAUUACUUUUAUUCUUAUUAUAAUCAUAAUUAUUUUGAUGGUACUUCUACUAUCAUUCUGAGUCCUUCUUGCUGUUAUAUACUAUCAUCAACUCAUGGGAAGCACAAUAUACUUAACUGUACAUGUGUUAAGGACAAAGGUAUCAUUUAUUUCUCUCUCUCUUUCUUUCUUUCUUUCUUUCUUUCUUUCUUUCUUUCUUUCUCUUCUCUCUCUUUUCCCCCCUCCCUCUCUUCCUUUCUCUCUUCCUCUCCCUCUCUUUCUUUCUUUCUUUUUUUCUUUCUCU